CAAUGUGGCCAUUCAGUGAAGAUAAAAUGUGAAUGUAUGACAGGGUCCUGUAUUGACAUUAUACUGGUACAAUAAAGUUAUGAAGACAAUUUAGCUGGGUAUAUCCUCUUAGCGGCUGUUUGAAAUGGUCUUAAAAGUGGUGGUGAACAGUUUUUCUAUAAUUUGUACGUUAGUUCGUUAGUAAUUACUUGCACCUGCGACUGGCUAAGUCUACGUUAGCCAUGAGCUAAUCCUUGAAUGCGUCAGGAGCAAAUUAGAUCCCUCCCUCGGCAUCCAUGACAAAAUACAGGGAUGUCCCAGCGUUGGAGCAGGCAGGUCCUGCUUGGUGUGGAAGUGGGCAUUGUGGUGGUGGUGCCGCUGCUGCUGGUGCUUGGUGCUGCAGGACAGAGCCAGGGUGAUAGGGAAGCUGGGUCGUCUUGCUAUGGAGGAUUUGACCUUUACUUUGUGUUGGACAAAUCUGGCAGUGUGCAACAUUACUGGAAUGAAAUUUAUUAUUUUGUGGACCAUCUGGCUCAGAAGUUUAUCAGUCCACAACUGAGGAUGUCCUUCAUCGUCUUUUCAACACAAGGACGGACAGUCAUGGCGCUAACAGAAGACAGAGAGCAAAUACGAGCCGGGUUGGCGGAGCUCCGAAUGGUCCAACCGGGUGGAGACACCUACAUGCACCUUGGCUUUGAAAGAGCCAGUCAACAAAUUUACUACGCGACAGGUGAUGGCUACCGGACAGCCAGCGUCAUCAUAGCCUUAACAGACGGCGAACUGAGAGAAAAUCAAUUUGAUCUGGCUCAAAGAGAGGCUAGCAGAGCGCGACAGUUGGGUGCCACUGUGUACUGUGUGGGAGUGAAAGACUUCAAUGAAACCCAGCUGUCAACCAUUGCCGACAGUCAGGACCAUGUCUUCCCCGUGACGGAUGGAUUUCACACCCUGCAAGGGGUCAUUGACUCGAUCCUGAAAAGGUCAUGCAUUGAGAUUCUGGCUGUUGAGCCCUCCAGCAUCUGUGCAGGAGAAUCUUUCCAGGUGGUAAUCAGGGGAAAUGGUUUCUUCCACGCCCGUGAUGUGCAGAAAGUCCUCUGCAGCUUCCGCAUCAACGACACAGUGACUUUCAUGAAAAGGCCUUUGGUGGUGAGAGACACCUACCUUCUGUGCCCAGCUCCCAUAUUGGAAAAAGAAGGAAUGGCUGCCACACUCCACGUCAGCAUGAACAAUGGCCUGAGUUUCAUAUCCAGCUCUGUCACCAUUACUGCUGUCACUUGUUCUGACGGGACCUUUGUGGCCAUCGCUCUGCUUAUCCUGCUGCUCCUGCUCAUCAUUGUUCUCCUGUGGUGGUUCUGGCCUCUCUGUUGCACUGUGCAGGUCAUUCAUGAGCCGCCUCCACCGCCAUCAGAGGACGACUUCUCUGAUGACGAGGAUGACUUUCACAAGAAGAGAUGGCCCACAGUGGAUGCCUCGUACUACGGAGGUCGGGGUGUUGGAGGCAUCAAAAGAAUGGAGGUCCGCUGGGGUGACAAAGGCUCUACUGAGGAAGGAGCCAAGUUGGAAAAAGCUAAGAACGCUCGAGUUGUGAUGCCUGAAGAGGAACCAGAGCUGCCUCCUCCAUCACGGCCGCACUACUUUGUGCGAAAACCCACACACCCUCACAAGUGGUACUCUCCCAUCAAGGGCAAACUGGACGCUCUGUGGGUUUUCCUGAGACGAGGCUAUGACAGGGUGUCAGUUAUGCGACCUCAUCCUGGAGACAAGGGCAAGUGCAUCAACUUCACCCGGACCAAGUCCUACCCGGCUGCUCGCUAUCCCAUCUACAAGCAUCCCUCCUCGCCCAUCUACACAUUGCCCCACGGUGGCAAACACCCCCCAUCAGACGACGUUUUCACCUUGCCCCCCUCGCCCACCUCCACUCUCCCACCCUUGCCCCAUUCGCCUCCCCCGCCCCUCAACAACGCCCGGUCCCUCUCUGCGCUCUCCUUGCCCACCGUCUCCCUGCCGCCCCCGCCUCAGGGUCCGCCGCCCUGUAGAGCCCCGCCUCCAUCCCGCCCACCGCCACGCCCCAAUCAGGACGACCACUGGUGCUGAAGAACUCCUGAAUAGCUAAGUUUUCUACUUUCUCUUAAAAGUAGCGGCUGAUGUGCAAUGAACUGCUUUUUUGUCCUAGAGAACCGUUUUCUUCAUCCCUUUGUCGUGUCAAGCUAGCAUAACAUCCCAGUCCAAAGAAAAACAGAUCAUAUCGUUUGCUUUGAGAUGUCUAAUCACAAUAAUGGUGGAAAUGAUCCGUUCCAGUGUCAUAACUGGCACCUUCACACCUCCCGAUACAGUUAUGCAAAUGUUAAGUAGCAUUUAAAAAAAGUUAACUACCAUAAUAAGAUUAUGUCAAUAUGAUAACAGUCUCAUUUAUCUAAUGUUCCAACGCUUAGUGUAAAAAGAAGCUCACCACUAAUGCCUUGUAAACACAACAAAAUGUGCAUAUAAAGGCUAGCAUGUCUAGUCGCCAACUUUUGAGGCACAAAUUAUUUAUAAAUUGUUGAGUUGUGAUAUUUCAAAUAAAAAAAUGGCUGGCUAAUGACUAAAAAUUUUAAUCAAUUAAUUUUUCACUUAAUCAUGAUUAAUCACCAUUUGCAACUGUGUGAAAUAUGCCCAGUUGUACUGUAAUUUAUAAACAAAAAGAUACAUGUAUUUGUGUGUACCAACAGCUCGAAAUGAAGUGAAAAUUUAACUAGGCUAACUAAGCUAAGCUAAAAGAUAGCACACUUGCCUCUGUAAUAGUAGUAUCAUCUAGUAUCAACAAACGUUAGUUUGUUAAUGUUAAUAGCAACAUUUCAAUCACGCUACUGUAUAACUGAGUGAUGAAGCGAUGCGUUCAAAGACACCAAGUCAUUCAAGUUAAAUUCACAUUUUGAGUGUAUUAUCUGGGAUUUCCGAGCAUACUUACAUACAUCAAAUUGCACUUCUGCAGUAAGAGUUUUAGGUUAGUGAGUGAUAAGAAUAACCACUUAUUGUUUUUCUUGGUCUUUCUGUUUAUUUAGACCACACAUAAGCGCAUAAUUACGACAUUAUUGUGAUUUUCGGAGUGUAGAUGAAUGCAUCUCGCGGUCAAAUAAGGAAUAAAGUUAGAAAAGAGUUAGACUUUGGUGCGAAUGGCUAGCAAAGUUCUCCCAAACUCCACUUCAGUGUUUUGGUGUUAUAAAUGUAACGCUAUUAUUAGGAUUAAUCAUAAUAGUCAAAAUUGGAGGCUGGCCAUUCAACCAGAUGAACCCUGCUGUGAUUAGGAAACCGGCGAGGCAUCAGCAGCACAUAAAUCUCCCCAGCUGUCAGCAAGGAAAAAAAACCCAAAACACUGUCACCUCAUUUGCAGUGCGUGAGGCUGACGUCAAAAGAUUUUUGAGGUUUGUCAGGACUGGAAAAUCAUGCCGAAGUUCAUGCGGCGGCUGGAAUUCAUGCAGGGUUUGCAGGCCCUUGAUUGAUUUGUUAAGUAAGAGUUAGUUUUCCUACCUGCUGGCUCGCAUCUGUUUUGCGGACUUUGAUGGAUGAUUUGUGGAUAAUUUAAAUAAAAUACAUGAGUUUGACCGUUCCAAGUGUAGUGUAGCAGUAAAGAGGCAUUAAAAGGAAAAAAAAUGCCUUGAAGAUUGUUUGUUUGAAAGUCAAUGUUGCCCAACAAAUGAGGCCCGUUUUCUAACCAAUGCAUGAGCAAAGUUUGGGUUAUCAACUGUGGACAUUCCUGUUCUUCUGAUUUUGGAAAGAUGUGGUGCAACACCCUGGAAAAGUCUAAAUUCCACAAUGGCAUCUCAAAGGAAAACAAACGGUAAAAAUAGACAGACGGGAGAAAAGCAUAAAUGUGACCUUUGACUGUCAUUUUUUGGGUCAAUGUUUUUGCUCCAGAAAGCUUAUUUUCUUCAAACUCUCCUCUCAUGUUUAGUGUGUUGAUAUGAAGAGUUGUUCUAUCCGUCAAUAUGUUUUUAUUUGAGGUGGGGCGUUUACUUUUCAAGCGACUGACGAUUAAUUGGGCAGUCUUCGUCACUAUUUCAGGAACCAUUGUUAUGCUACCCAAUGCGGUGCAGCCUUGGUGAAAAUAUCUUUUCCAUAUGCUUCCAUUAGUUUUUUUUAUUCCUUUUGGAAAAGCUUUCAGAGACAGUCUGACAUACGGUGCAGUCCCGUGGGAGUGUUAGCUCAUGUAAGGCGUUUCUCUGGGAAGGAACGGAAGGAAACUGACCACAAUAAAAGUCAAGUCCAACGUCUAUGCCAUAGAGAUGCAAAUAAAACAUUCCAAGUGUGCCAAUGCCAUUGAAGUUUACUUUUCCGCUGUCAUUACCUUUAAUCAUAUGAGUGAUGCAACCAUGCCAUGUGCACAUGGCAUCUGUAAAGCUGACAUUUACACUGGUGUUUGGUGCUUGUUUCUUCCUGAAAUGGAGCACGAAGCAGUUUCUGUGUUCGUUUAUUGGGUCAUCAGCUUGACACGAUAAGUGCUCGUGAAAAAGCGGCAGUAACUUAAGCUGUAUUUUCUGUGUGUCUUUUUCCAUUUUAUCUCUUAACAGGCUAAGCCCUCUUUGUUCUCACUGUCGCCCCCAGAGGACAACCGCGGUAUUACCAGACAAAAGCAACUGCAUUUCAACAUUAAAAUUGCUACAAGCGAUCUA